CUGCUGCAUUACCCUCAAAACUCAUACAUUGUGUACUAACGUUUACUGGUCAAAACGCAGAUAAAUGCUAUUGCUAUAGGUAGCAACAGGCAUGUAUCUGGGUGUAUACAUAUAUCAUGCACACACAUUUAAUGUUAAUAACAUAAUUGCAGCUAAUGGUACAGCUCCUGCUCUCGGUAUUAUUAAACGAGUGUGCACUAGGUCAGGGCCAUGACAGGGCACAGGGGUUGAGGUAUAUAAACGUGCUCUAGAAUAAAGAACGCAUUGUACAUUCUGAUAAUCGAAUUACAAACAAUGCAGCGUUUAGAAUCAAUCACUGGUAAUCGACAGUGUUAUAAUCGACAACUAAGAGAGAUACUAUAUUACUUUGGAACGAGUUAAAUGACAACAUUCCAAUGAGCGCAUGUAACGGGUGAUUGCCGUGUAAUUUAUAGCAAUGGCAGCAAUCGGCUGUACAUCCCUUGUGAGGUUACUAUAUUUAACAAUUAUCUGUGUAAACGCAGCGGUUUGCACGGCCCUGGAUCCCGUCACUGUUGUUCUCAAGGGACCCACGACCAGCUACGCUCAAUUGAUAAAUGCCUACGUGAGUACCCUUUCAAAAACAGUACCAUGAAAGAGCCUAUUAAAGGCGGUAUGGCCUGGAUUAUUACCAUUACAAAACCUGCUUGGCGCUUUAACCUUCAAUCAAAUUCACGCCAAUCUCCACUAAUCAGAGUGAGCCCUUAUAGAGUAGGCAGUACUCCAUCAAACCAGUAGGUGGCGCAAUAUUCAAGACAGAGCAGACAGAUUCCUAGACAGGCACACCCGUGUUAUAUCUAGUGACAGCUGCGCAUGUUGCUGCCUAUAGGUCCGCGACCGUGGCAACCCUGCGAACAGACAUAGAAGAUUUACCAGCGCCGUCAAGUUUGUGUUGCCAGAAGCGCAUCUUGUGGAGAGCAAAGAUGGCGACUUCCGGCUCAUGAUGAUUCAAAUAGACGACUACGUCGACCGAAACCUCACGCACGAUAACAUCAGCUACAAUCUGGGAGGACAGCGCCCCCUGACGGACGUGAUAUCCGACACGGCUAUGGUGUUGAGAACGUUUAAACUGUUCGGGAGCGAUGUACGAUUUUCCAAGGGACAUCCAAAGGAGUUACGCGCGGGCUUCGCGGUGCCACGGCUGCGGCAGCUACACCCUCUAGUGAGCGCACAGUGUGAGCGCAGCGUCCUCUAUUGUCUGAAGGCGCUGUCGCCGCUCGUCUGGUUUAAGAUGGCGACGGAGUACGUGACGUUGUUGAGCGGCGGUGGCGUGCGUACGGAGGCGCCGACGGUCUCUGACGGCCCGCUGGAUGAGUUUCGACAGCUGAUGACCGGUAUGUACUAUCUUUGCUGGCACACUAUGAAGCAGGCAGAAGAACUUCGCUUCGUCACUGACCGUAUAGGGCGUGACGGGGGUUGUGAUUGGCACCUCGGCAUGGGCUACCCGGACACCAAGCACGAGAAAAUGCGUGACUUUCGCGGACAGACCGACUUCCCGCGACUACGAUCGGAUGCCUUUCACUGCGCCCUACACAGCUUCUGUCCGGGUGAGCCUCAAGUUACCGAUCAGCUUAGAGUGAUUGACAGGUAG